ACCCGCUGUCGGCCUGUAGUGCCACCGCCGGCUACGCAAAUACUUUCGAUUCCGCGAUCGCUUUUGUUUACUCCCCCACGCGCGCUUUACAGCUGCUUUCAAUGUUCUACCUUUCCAGUGAAAUCUGUGACGGAUCCAAUUGAGUUUCAGUGUUUUAGUGUUCUGUGUUCAUGGAUAUCCCGGGCGCUUAAAGCGCUUAAUCCGCUGAAAUCGCGAUGGCGGCUACAGCACGCCGCGAGAUCGACACCGGUGAAGAGGAUAUUGCAGCUAUUGCCAAGCAAAUAUCAGACCAUGCCGAAGCCAUAUAUCAGACUUGGAAAGCGCGCGGCCUCGCUCCAACAGAGAUACUGUCGUGCAGGCCCACGCCUGGCCUCAAGCUAGCGGACAGCUUGCGAACCAAACCGAAACCCGAACCCAAGCCCGAAAUAAAGCAGCGUCCGGACAUCCGCAGAGAGAGGCCGGAGAGUCGCGAGCGGCCUGACUCGCGGAGAGCGGACCAGAGGCGGGACUGUCACUUAAAUAUAGACCACGAGCCCGCUGAGAUGACGCUACCACCGGACUUGGUUCCGGAGCGGAACGGAACACCCAACACUACCGCGAGAAGGGCAGAUUCAGCUGCUAUGCGUCUGGAGGUAGCUCGUGAAGAAGAACGCUUGCUCAGGGCGUUGAGAACUGGAGGUGUGGUAGCAGAGCGUCCCGCUGACCGGCCGGACGUCGUCCCUCCAGUUUCACUCGUCGAUUACGCUAAAAGCCGUUACCAGGAUCGACUGGACACUGGGGCGAGGAAGCCAUCUACUGGGGCCAAUGGUGACAGGAGGGCUUCUCUUGGUUCACAUGUAACUGAGGCCAGGUCAAAGUUUGAAGCGCGAGCACGACGCGCGCUGAGCGCUGGUGCUGCAGAGACGGCAUCAGCUGCGGGCCAGACGCCGGUCAGACCUUUCCUUACCAGAGGAUCUGUUGCUGAACGUGUGAUGAUGUUCGAGCGAUGCCCGAGCGAGGCCACUCUUGAACUUGCUAAAAGAAAGUCCCCCGCAGCGACCACAUGGAGAGGACCACACGAUGUCAUUAACAGAGCACAGAACUAUGCAGCGACAACUCCUCCCAAGCCCUCAUCGGCGCCUCCCCACACCACGCUGCAGCGAUCAGUCCGAGCAGCCGGUCCGUCCAGAGUCAUUCCCAGGUUCUACUUCCCCAAGGGAAGACCACCGCCAGCUCAUCAGCAGGACCACGCGUUACACAAAGUCCAGUCAGCCUUCGCCACAUUUCCUAAUAGUCAGGUUCCUCGAGACAGCUUCAAGCACAUAGUGAAGGCAUGUGAAUGUCCUCUCUACUGGAAGAUGCCGCUGUUUUUGUCAACACAGCAGAAUCUACACGCGCCGGUCGAUGGACACAAAUUUAUUGACUUCUGGAGAGAAAUGUCAACUCAAUGUCACGAUCAGGCUUCAAGGUUCGUGUACAUCCUGACUCGAGGUAAAAGUGACACGCUGGCACCAGAAGACUUUGUUCCACUUGUCCAGGACGUGGUUGAUACUCACCCUGGACUCUCCUUCUUGAAGGAGGCCACCGAGUUCCACUCCAGAUAUGUACAUACUGUGAUUGCUAGGAUAUUCUAUUGUGUAAACCGCUCUUGGUCCGGCCGGAUAUCAAUUCCAGAGCUGCGAAGAUCGAAUUUACUUCAAGUUAUUCAGCUUCUAGAAGAUGAAGAAGAUAUUAAUCAAGUAACGCAGUACUUUAGUUACGAACACUUCUACGUGAUAUACUGCAAGUUUUGGGAAUUGGAUAAGGAUCAUGAUCUAUUUAUCGACAAACAUGAUCUCGCAAGGCACAAUGAUCAUGCUCUUUCAAGUCGAAUGAUAGAAAGAGUUCUUUCUGGUUGCGUGACCCGAGGCAACCAGAAUCGGUUGACACCUGAUGGAGAACCCAGGAUGUCGUAUACUGAGUUUGUAUGGUUCCUGCUGGCUGAAGAGGACAAGACUCAUCCCACCGCCAUCGAGUAUUGGUUCAGGUGUAUGGACUUAGAUGGCGAUGGAUACAUAUCUAUGUAUGAGCUGGAAUACUUUUAUGAAGAACAGAUGCAGAGGAUGGAAGCCAUUGGUAUAGAGACAUUACCGUUCAGUGACUGUUUGUGUCAGAUGUUGGACAUGGUGCAUCCAGCAGAGCAGGGCAAGAUAACAUUGAGCGACUUAAAGAAAUGCAAACUAACGCCAAUAUUCUAUGACACGUUCUUCAAUUUGGAGAAAUACUUGGACCACGAGCAGCGGGACCCGUUUGCCACGCAACGGGAUUCUGACUCAGACAUGUCGGAGUGGGAUCGCUUUGCGACUGAGGAGUAUGAGUUGUUGGUGGCGGAGGAAGGUGGAAGUGACGCUCAGGAUCAGAUCUCAUACGAUGAAACGGACGACGAUUGCAUGUCACCAAAUAUAGAUGAAGUUACUAAUACAGAUGUGAUAGAAGAUUCCAGUGUCGAAGAUUCCACUUUAAGUGAUAGCAUUUCAAACUCUCGAACAAAAGAUAUUCCCGGAGUUGGUCCGAUAGCAUCACGAACCCCUUUAUCAAAUCCAUCUGGUUUCGUCAAUCUCAGUUCAAUAUACGCACUCGGAAGCACCGAUCGUUGGGCGAACAAAGCUAAUGUUCCUGAAAGGAAAUUAGAGAAGCCAAUACCACCAGAGAAACCUGUCAGUUUGAUGAUGAUGAAUGGCAAAAUAGAGAAUCGUUUUGCCAACAUGGGUAAUAAUAGUUUCCUUUAUUCACAACUGCUGAAUCCUGGUGCCAGAGCUAAAGACCCACCUUCCUACACUGCAGCUACUAGCGCUCUGCUUAGUAAAAAUGACAGCCAAAAAGUGACGUCACCUAUCAAAACAAAAUCACCAACUAGUCCAAUUAAUGGUGUUAGUAAGAUCUCCGAUAAUUAUGAGAAAGCGGUCGCUGAGAGACUAAGCCCCCAAAGAGAAAUCUCGAGGAUGAACCGAAGUAGUGUGUUUAGUAAAGUGAAUACGGGGGUAGUUUCAAAAAAUAAAAAGACUGGGCGUAACCAAGAAGAGGACGACGAAGACUAUGCGCGGGAUAGUGAUGAGUGUUCUAUUUAGAUUUUAUUGAAGAAUUGUGUUUAGUGACAAUAAUUAUUGUUUCAAGAACUUUCUGACUUGAUAGACAUGAUAGACACUUGCUGUAGUCUACGGUGUGUUUUAACAUCGCUGUGAGUAGUAAAUAUAUCGGAAGUAUUAUACUUGUGUAGUGUUGUACAGCAUUGAAUAGAUUUUAUACAAAACUUAGUACGAAUAGCACCGACAGCGAAGUCAUGCUUGCAUAUUUUGUUGGCCCAAAGUUAGCUGUAAAUCAACGAUGUAUUAUCAUAAUAAACAUUUACUGCUAGAAAAUGAAUACUGGCCUCGAUAUUCCGUCUUAAUAAGUCAUAUCACAAAUCCAUCCACACCCGAAAUGUAUUUUGAAUAAGACUUAGAUAAUUUAUAUGUCUAGAUAGAAAUGUAUAGAAAACAGGUCAGAUUUAUUAUUUAAGUGUGCGUGACAUGGUAUGUCUUACACUCGCGAUUUGUAUAUCACUUUGUGAUAAUGUGUGUAUAUUACUUGAAACUGAAUAACUCUCAACAUCAAUAUUUUGUGACGUUUUCACAAAUGUCACAUUCUAUCUAAAUGUAUAAAUUAUCUUAGGAAUAAUAUUAAAUGAAAUAGAUUGACAGUGUUCUUUGUUUGAAUUAUUAACAAACGAAUAUUGUACUGGAGUUGUUUUUUCGAGUUUCUAAAGACAUAUUAUAUUUUAAAUAAAUACAUUAUUAAACCCAAAGCGGGUUAUUAAUUAUAGAAUAUUUCUGAUACUAACUUGCUAUGUUUUGAGAAUGUUCUUUGGGACCGAUUCCCGACAGAAACUCGAAAAAAUAAACAACUUAGAAUUGUUUCGUUGCAAGGCCUAAGCCUGGGCAGGUAGUCAAAAUUCAGAUCUAGGAAUUAAGGAUAUUAUAUAUUAAUUAUUAAUCAAUCAUUAAUAAACACGCACAGAGGUUAGGUAGUAUAAUACGAUAUUUUUGUAAUUUUUAAGGUAACAUACAUACACAUAAUUGGUAACGAAAUUUAGUGUCAUAAUACAUCGAUCAAAUAUUUUGAAAUACAAUCUGAUAGGUUUCUUAUUUAAGAAAUAUAACUAUAAUAUCUCCAUCAUCCUUCUUGGAAUGUAUUCUACAGAUAUUAAUAUUGAUCGUGUUCUUGAAACCUUUGUCAUUAGGCUGUACAUUUUUGCUUAAUUAGGUAGUUAUAGUUUGUCUAGUCUACAGGGUGCUUUCUGAUCGUAAUGCAAUUUAUAUUUACCAGUACUUUACUGCAGCCAAAGAUAAGGUUGUUAAUAAAACCACAAGCAAAAGAACAUUAUUAUUAUUUUUAUUAUUAUUUGUACAUAGUUUUUCAAAUUGUUGACAGUUACCUAAGUGAUUUUAUCUUGGGUUCUUUGAAUUUGUAACCUAAGUCAUGAACUUGAUUAAAUAAUCCGAAUUGUGGAUUUGUAUGAAACAUUUAAUGUCCCUAAUAUGUUGUUAUAGGAAUUUAUUUUAUUGGAAAUUUCCAUUCAGAUGAUGAUAAUAUGAUGAAGUAGUCGAUAGCCUGGUGGAAAAAACUCAUUAAAAAAUAGUGUGUAUGUAUGUACACUCGUUAGAAGUUAUGUCUUUUGCGUAAAAAAAAUAAAAAGUUUAUAAAUUUAAAAGUAGUACAAAUGAUUAAAUGAUCGAAGAAACACAUCUUUAAAAAUCACACACAUGCAUAUUUACUGACGUAUGUAUUUAUUUUUAUCCAAAUAGAUAUAAAAAACACGUGUGUUAUAGAUUCGUAAAUAUUUAAAUAUCCAAUUUUCAAUAUAGAUUCCUGAUUUGGUACUACAAUACACUCUAUAAUAGUGUCUGCAUAAUAGUUAACAUGAUAAUUUAAGAGAUAUUUAGAAACCAACUUCAUCCUGUUACUUUUGUGUUAUGGCGCCACUUCACAAUCGGCGAUUAAAGGCGAUUACACGCGAGCACGAUCGUGUGGAGGACUUAUUCUCUUCUAGUCGCCGAACAUCGUCUAAGCCGUACGUACUUCGCAUCGUCGUCGAGGCGUUGUUUUGUCUUCCUUUUUACAUAGCGCGAGUACGUACAAUGACUACUGGGUGGUCAAAUGAAGAAACAUUUAAAUUCAUAGAACAUUAUCAGAAUUACCCAGAAAUUUGUAAUCCCAAACAUAACAUCACAAAGGUGGGUAUAGGUACUCAGAUAUUUAUCGAUAAUGAGGUUUGUAAUCACUCAUUUGAAGAACUGCCGCUCAAUAAAUGACGAUAAGGACGAUGACAGACGAUCAUACAAGUAACGAUCAUCGCCGAGAGUGGAGAGGAGGCAUUACAGUGAUGCGCGCGCAUCUUAAAAUUUCACUCUAAUCAUAUUCAUGACACGUGUAAAGAAGUAUCUUCAAUAAAAUGAUAAUUCCAAAGAUGUGCAACGUAUCAACUGUCGAGUGUAUAUUGGUGUGAAACCGCAUUAGUUAUUCUGACGUAUUAUAUUACUAUUGUCAUCUACAUAUAGUAAAAUAAUAAUUAUAAUCUUUGUAGAAUUACUACAGAGGCUGUAGUAAUUAAAUGAAUGAUUUAAAUGGAAAAAAAUAUUUUCGAAUAUUUUCAAUUUCAAAAUCAAAAUUUUCAAUAACAUUAAAAAAAAUAGUAAUUAAUACAAUGUAAUGAAUUACAGUGUCACCAACUUAUCUGUGAACUGAUUGGUGUCGCCAUCGUCGUUUCAGUGUUGCUAAUUAAUUCCAAUGUGCACAAAAGUCGGGGCAUAUUUAACGCUUAAGAUUCAGAAGUAUCGCAAUAAAACACACGGAACACUCGAAAGUAGUAUACACUGACACUGACAGUCUAAUUACAUUUCAACAUGGUGACCGUAGUUCCUAUUUUUGCCACUUCACAGAUAAGUUGGUAUUACGUAUACAUGACAACUUAUACCUACUUCACACUUGACAGACGCGUAUUUUUUUUAUUAUUGGUUUGACUACGUGGUCCUAAGUACUAGGGAUAAAACUAAACAAGAACUUUUAAGUUUAUGAAAAUAAUGUUCAAUGGCAUUUCUUAGCAACAGAAUUUACAUUUUCUGGAGCCAGUUGUGAUGAAGCACAGCUUCACUUUCCAAAUAAAGAAAAAUUAAAAAAACAUUAAAUUUUCAUACAGUUAAUAAAUUUUAUUGAAGUGUUGCAUAAUUUUUAUUUAAUCUUUAGAAUACCAAUUAACAUUAUUAAUAUUUUUUAUGUAAUGAUAAUAAUUAUUAGUUACCUACCCUAGAUAAUUUCUUACGUUUUAAGGACUUAAAGGGUAGUAAAUUUGUUAUAUCAAUUUGAACGUUGGAGAAACAGGAACUAACUUAGUACCUAUUUAAUAAAAUACGUUUGUUAUGCACGGAUUUUAUGUGUUAAACCUAAACAGGUUUUAGUUUUGACCGCGAUUAGUUUAACAUUUGGAUUUCAUCCCUAGUAUAGAUAAGUUUAAUUUGUUGAAAAAAUGUUGAUUGUAUUAGAUUUGUCUGUUUGUAAUCCUAAUGUAAAAUAUGAAUGAAUCUAUGUGUCUCACGUAUUAAAGUAUCAUUGUUUUAUAAAUCUAUUAUCCUAAUAGCAGCAAAGUUAAAGUGUUUUCGAUUUUAUUCAAACAGAAAAAAAUAUCUAUUCGAAUUUCGAAUCAUUGAAGAAUUCUCUAUACAUACCUAUUAGAAAUAACAUCUUGUGGGGCUCUAUUUAUUUUUAAUUCUACAUUGUUGCCAUUACUUAUAAUAGACUUAUGAACCGUUUACAAUUUAAUUGAUGAGGCGUUAUAAUUGUUUUAACGCAUUUAAUAGUUUGUGAUUUGUGUACUUGUAGUUCUUGUGUGAUGAAGUAAUUGUUUGGUAGAUAUCUAAAUAUUAAAACUACUGUUUAAAUCUUCCAAUUGAUAUCCCCAAUGACAGUGCCAUCAUCAUUACUGAAUUUAACACAUUGCACAUUGGUCUAUAUCUGAUAAACCAUUCUUAUUAGGCUUUUAUUAAUAUUUGAAGUCAAAUAGUCCAACAAAAAUCCAGACUACUGAUAAAAACAGUGGUUUUAAGCAAUUAUAAUAAUUUAUGUAUUUAUUAGUUUAAAAUAUUUUAAAUGUGAUUAUUUUGUACUAAUUUUGAGAAGGGAAUAACUUAAGGGUAGAACGGGGCUAAUCAUGCGUUGCCAAUAUUAAAUAAAUUUUUAAUUUAAGAAAAUGGAGCAAUUUAUAACUGCUGAUAUAUUAAACUAUAAGUUAAAACUUAUGACGCCAAAGUACAAUUUUGGUAUGUAUUUCAUAAAAUUUAUCAGUAUCUUAUUACGUUCAAAUUCGGGAUUUUCACUUCCAGGAGGUCUGUUGGGAUAUAUGCCUUCGAUUAAUGAUCAAAGUUAAUAAUUUUCUAAAGUCUAAGGAGUUUAAACUCCAAAGCUUGUGCUAAAAUAAGAAACAUAACCGAAAUUUCGUGUUGCAGUUAACAUGUUUUGCUUCCCGAAUUAUGAAGCAAAAACAUUUUUUUAAUUAAAUUUAAAUAUUACGGAAUGGUUGCAAAAUUCAAUUGUCUCUGCACUUGUAACUAUAGUUUCGUUAUUAACCUAGAUCCUAGACCAAACUUAUUCAGAUUCCACUGCUGCACCUCAUAGUUAUUGUCACAACCAUCCGCCAUACGGUCCGGCUUAAUUAAAUACGAAAGUUUACUGUCUACAUUAUUAUAUCCCAACAUACUGUCUGCCAAUGAGAGCAUGUUUUUUACACCUGCUCUUAUUUGUCGAGAGGAGAAAAAUGCAUUCACGUAUUUAGACACUGAAACGGGGCCCAUAUGACGGGCUCGGGUGAAACACCCCCGACUAAACACUUCCUCUGUGCUGAUUGUUUUUUUACCGAAGCCGGGCGGGGGGCAUCUGCGCUAUCAAACUAUAGAUACUUAAGGAAAUUAUCAAGAAUGGAAUUUUACAGCUUAGCCCCGUACUAUCUUAUUAAAGUGAAUGUAUACUAAAUACUAUUUUAAGGAUCUUAAUCCUUCUAUUAAUCUAAAUCUGACCAAAAGAUUAUAAACUUCAGACACAAACAAAACUUUAGUGAUUGAAACAACGUUAGCUAUCUAGUAGUCUCAUUAUGCUACGAAGCUAACGAAGUUAUUACGAAUAAUCCUUGACCAUAAGGUCAACAUAGAUUAGUUUCAUGUUUGUACUUAUACUUGUGUUUAAUUGUAUCUGAUAAGUAUUUUAAAAUAUACAGGAUGUUAUGUAACGUAAUUAUAACCUCGAAUGAAACACGUCAAGGCUUUUUUAAACACAAUAGGUAAAAAGUAAAAACAACCCAAUCGAAUAGUAACGGAUAAAGGUACAAUAUAUUACUAAAAUAACACAAGAUAUAAAGAACUGUGCCUGCUUUUACAUAAUAUGUUUAUGUAUAGAUCACUUAUGUAUAAAAUUGAAACAUCAAUCUACAAUUAAUAUUCUCGUUAUAUUUUUCAUUUUCUUUUCAAUUUAUCUCUACACAUCUCACGACUUGACUUGUUAAAAUUCUGUAUCGUAAUUUUUUUACUCAGACAUAUUAACAGAUUCAUCUUAUAAGUGUCUAUUGAUAUUCAAGUUAUUAUAAUUUUAAUAUGAAUGAAAUGAAUGUGUAUGAUCUAUUUUAGUUUAUUGACAGAGGAGAGUUUGUGUAUCAAUGUUAUAAUUUGAAUAAUUAUUGUGUAUGAUUAUAUACUCUGCAAGUGACAAACAAUAGAUAAGUAUCCUAAUAAAUUACAUAACUCUA